UCGAACACUAUGAAAGUGUAUAGCGUUGUAGCAUUGUUUUCUAUAGCGACGAUUUGCGUUCUCGCCGAUCCGUCGAUUUAUUACAACGUUAAUGACGCCCCUCAAUUAUUCCAUAAAUUCAUCAAACAAUAUGGUCGUGAAUAUAAGGACUACAAUGACUACUUAAUACAUUAUCAAGCAUUUGUCGAAACCCUGAUUCGUAUUAACCAGUCUAAUGCAGCUUCGACAAGUGCGUAUUUCGGGAUCAAUGAGUUCUCAGAUUAUACAAAGGAACAAAAGAAACAUCAUCUGGGUGCAGUGCCGUAUUGAAUUCCUUAAGUUUGCUAUCUGGUGUCGGCAAUGAAGAGCGAAGAUGAGUGCAGUUAUGCAAAUAAAUGUUUUUAAUACCUUA